UCCCUUGAGCACUAGUGCGUUUUGCAAGCCACACUAAGAUUUCCACAAUUAUUCUAGAUCAUCAGCAUACUGCAGGCACGGCCAUGGCUCAUGCAAUGAAGCUGAAGUCAAGUGCACUGCCGAUAUGUUUUAUGAGUUUUUCAAGAACAACAUAACCCAGCUCGUGAAUUGUUUUCCAGAAACGUAUAAGAGCAUUGAAGUUAUAGAUCAAGGAGAUGAACCUAGUGUUGGCAGUGUCAGGCUCUGGAAAUAUGAACUCGAUGGUCAUUUUAUCACAACCAAGGAGGAGAUGAUAGCCGUGAACGGUGCAAAUAAGUCGAUCACUUGGAACUUUUUGGAUGGAGAUGUGAUGAAUUUUUAUAGAAGCUUUCAGAUCAAACUGGUCUCUGUUACUCCGAUCGGUGAGGGUUCCUGUUUGGCGAAAUGGUCUGUCAAUUUUGAGAAAGACAAAGGAGAUCUCCCUUAUCCAACUGCUUUUAUGAAAUUGCUGCAUAAGAUUUCUGUAGAUUUACCUUCUAAGCUACAGAAACAGGGCUAAUACCUCUCUAUGUACACAUGAAACUGCCUUUAUGAAAUUGCUGCAUAAAAGAUGUGUAGAGAUCCUACAUUCGUACAUCUAAUUAAAUAACAGCAGCAUCAUUCACAGUAGGAUGGGAUUCUAAGGCUCAUACUGUGUCUUUUGGGACAUUCGGCUUC